UGAAGCUGUAGAAUGCCGGGGCUUGGGCAUUUUCAUAACUACAGGUUGGGCAGGUUGUGUCACUCACGAGGUAGCCAGGUUUUGUUUGAAAGUACAGGCCCUCCUCCUGGACUUUGAUCCAGCAAAACAACUCUUGCCUCAGCCUCUGCCCGGCAUUGGGACGCCUCUCCCAGGAACGUUCUCUCGUUGUCUUUGAUGCGUUCGCAUAUAUGAUUGAUUUAAGUUUUCAAAAUGAUUAGACGACUUUUUAUUGUCUUGCUUUUUGUGACGCUGGGAGAAGCAAGGAAGCCAUUUCUCAGUUUUCUGAGUACAGCGAGGACUGAAAUACUGUUCUUCACAAAGACCGAAGAAACCGUCCUCGUCCGAUCCACUUACAGAGAUAAGCGGCCCAACGCCAGCUUCCUCUCUGUGCGGCUCCAAGACCCUGAAAUGCUGCAGGUGGUGAACGUGACCAGGGCCUCCUCCGGUGCUACAACCUUCAUCAUAAAACUAGUGGCAGAGGAAGAAGGAGAGACCAACUUGACCAUUCAGCUGUGGGACUCUGAAGUGUCAGAGCUGCCACUGGUUGCCGUCUGCGGAGCGAUCGGCGGGGUGAUCGGGCCCCUGCCCGGCUUUCUUAGCACCUGGGAGCCGGGCAGCUGCCGCCGCUGCUGGUCACCAUCUGUGGAGCAAUCAGGCCCCCCUGCUCGCACCCGCCUUGGCCUGGUGCUGCCUGCUCACCUGCUCCACCAUCCCACCGCGAUACUGCUCUCAUCGGGGGCCCAUUGGUGCUGUCAGCACCUCCACUGCUGCCUGCUGCCAGCGCCGCAUCGCCAACUCCCGCCAUGUUCCGCGCCACCC